CAGACUUAUAAAGGAGACUGAGUGUCAUAGUGUGGCAGGUUCGUGAUGGCGCUUCUUCAUGUUGCUGUGUCUGUGCUCACUCUUCUGUCUGUGGGACAUUCAGCUCCUAUAACAGACUGUGAGAGUUUGACUAAACCUGUAGGGAUACAGGGAAGAGAGCAGCUGCUGGGCAGGUGGACAUACAUAGCUGACACCACAGAUGUGUAUGGACACAGGUUCGCGACAAAAGUAUUUAUGGACUCGGGUUGGUUGAAGCUAACAGCUGCUGAGGAGAGUGAUGUCCUCCAUCUUUAUCAAAUGCAGAAAAUCUUUGACCAAUGCUUCACAAUAAGAGCUAAUCUGACUUUAGCAAACAACAAAGUCGUCAUGACAACACCUUUCAAUUCUUCAGACAUCCUGUUAAACACUGGCUGCACUGACUGCCUUGUGUUAUUGUCAGUGAACGACUAUGGAGGAAUACAAUUCCGCGGUCUACAGCUCCUUAGCAAAAGAGAAAAGGUUUCUGCUGAUGAGCUGCAAGAAUUUAGCAAACAGGCAACUUGCCUAAAAUUACCAUCACCUGUUGAGUUUGAUCCAGAAAAAGGUUUUUGCCCCGACGAGUCUUCCUCUCAGAAUCCAAAGGCCUUUGAUCUGAACGCUCUCAUUGAUAACAUCGAUUCUAAUGACACAGAGGCUUUUGAAAACUUUUUUGAGAAACUUCUGACUCGUGAGUCCGUUGAGAAGCUUUUGGUCCGUACACUGACAAACUUAUUGGAGUGGUUAGGAGAAGUGUUGCUAUCGUGAAAAUCUUACCUCCACAUAUACCUUGUCUAUGUGGAUCUCACAUGGGAUGACAUGUGGCGACAUUAAAGGGAUUUCAUACUUUGUGAUAUAUGUAGUAAAUGUAAGAUUUCAUUCUCAAUAAAAUAGAUUAAAUAUCCAUUGUCAAUA